UUCGUGUGUAUUGGGUGUUCAUGAGCCUCAAAUCAUGGAUUUUUCAUGCUACCACUGUAGUUCUGUCUGGGGUUGCGCUCCAUCAAUGACGUUACGGCGUAACAAUGUCUAGCUAUAGUGCGGCGGGCAUGGACGCUGUACAUCAGCUGAGAUCCCCUUCGUUAAGUACGCGACCGACGAUUAUUCCACUCAAUUUAUUAUAAGGCAGAAUUUGAUUCCCAGCCGCGGUAUCAUAAUUUGGGUUCUUUCGGCAUGGAACGCGAGCGCGCCUCGCGCGGCUACGUGAAGCUGGGAGAGGCGUGACGCGUCCGUACCGCCGCAUCUCCAGGAUGGCAGGACACAUCCGCUUUAUUCUCAGAAUGUGAUGGUGAGAAAUGUUGGCAGAUAUAGGCUAUUCUCAGUAAUGGGGUCAGUCAGCCAGCCGUCAAUGUGAGAAGACACUGCCAGCGGGCCGUCUAACCGACCAAGAUCAGGAAGUUAUGGGUGCAAACCGGCGGCCCACUGAGGAGAAGGAUGGUGUCCCGUGAAUGUAAAGGCCGAAUGUGACUCACAUGCCAUGGAGACUCUGAAACCGGCAAGCGCGGGUUCAACGAUGUACCAAAAAACCUCUCCGUGCCUGCGCACUACUGUGCUUCUUCUUGCUGCAAGCAUGUUGGUUUCCAUGGCGACUUCCAGCACACCUGUUGCAGGUGGGUUGGGCACCAACAGGACGGCACAGCCUCCAUCACAUCUACCUUCUUCUAGACGUCCACGAGCCGGCCACCCUGAAGAGGCCGGUUACCAGGGUAACGAUGGUGUAGGGUCAGCAGACGAGUCGGACUCAGGUGCUCAGGGCAUCCACCUCCUCUUGAGACCCCCUGACCUCCUGUCCCCCAGCCACCCCCCUCCCCUUCCCCCGCACGCCCAGCCCACCCUUACGCCUCCCCCGCCCUGGGACCACUCCCCCUCCUUGGAGGAGUCCUGGGGUUCUGGGGACUACUUGGAAACCCUGUCCUUCAUGGUCCCCGACGGGGAGGAGCUGGCUCUGGCCACGCCCCUACCCAGCCACACCUAUGACCCCGACGACGGGGUUUCUUACGACACCGCCUUUCCUUCUCGACCCACCCUCCCGCUCUCCUCGCUCCUCCCAUCCUCCUCUGUCCCCACAACCCCCCUGCAGGGCGGUCUCCCCACCCGCCCAGCCCAGCCCAGCCCGUCCUGGGAUGAAGAGGACUAUGACCUGGAGGACAUGUUGCCCCUGGAGCCCACAGAGCUGCUGUUGCCAGACAUGAACAGUCUGGAGUACUACACCAACCUCCUGGCCCGCGAGAGAGAGGAGGAGAGGCACAGAGAGCUGGAACGAGAGAGAGAAAGACACAGAGACAAGGGUAGAGAACCUAUGCCUCCAGACUUGGACACUGUCAACCAGACCACCUCUAAACCUGCCAUCAGGCCCACUGCCACUACCACACACACACACUCUCAUACCCACACACACGGCCAUCCCUCUCCAUCCUCCCCUGGCUCCCGUCCCCCUCCAGGCCAGGAGCCCAAGCAGCCCUCAGUCCCCUCAGUAGGGCCCACCCCUCCUCUGGACCUCUCUCCCACCCUCUAUCGGGGGCCAGGUAUCCCCACUCCUCCUGAUAGGUCUGGCACUAAAGGGCCCACCCAGCCCUCUGCCCCAAGGCCCAGAGACCAUCCAUCUACCCCGGGGAAACACACCCCACGCCCCCCCUCCAACACCACCAGUAAGGCCCCCCCUCGGCCCCCCACUUGGCCUGAUGCCCCUGGGAGACCGCCAGGCCGGGACUCCGGGGAGAGAGGAGUCAUCACGGUCAAGACCCCGCCUGUAACCAGGGCUCCCAGCACCCGGCCCACGACCACCAAGGCAACAACUACCACAACCGUUUCUACCACAACUCUAAGUCUGACCAGGACCCCGGCAGUGUCCACCCCUCGAGUGGUGCAGACCCCUCCUGGAAGGCAGUACCUGUGCAAUGUCACCAAGCCAGAGAUGUACCUGGUCAGAGUGGUCAUGCCCAAAGGCUCCACUGUAGGGUUUGGCCAGGUGAGAGACAUCCUAAAGAGAGAGUUCAACCGCUCAGUGGAGCUCCAGUUCCUGAGAACUCCGUCCAGUUUUGCCUUUCGUGCCGUGGCGGGGCCAAUCAUCUUCACCGCCAUGUCCGUCAUCAACGCUCUGCGCCAAUCAUCUCGCAGCUCCUCCCCAAUUCCGGCAAUUUCUCCCCUUUACACUGUACCAGACUACAAAUACCAAAUCCACUCAGUGCUGCAGUUUGUUCCCAGCCACGUGGAUGUGCGUGUGUGCAACUUCAGUGAGCGUGUGGAGAGAGGACUCCUGAUGGCCUACACAGAGACACGGAGGCGCUCACAUGAGCUGGGCAACGUCACCGUGCAGCUCCUUAACAUCACCAUGGGAGUGGUCAAGCCAGUGGGUGAGCAGAAGGUUCCGGUGGACAUCACCUUUACUGUGCGUGACGGGCGGGGCUACCUGCUGGGGUCGGAGGUCAGUGACCAUUUGAGGAAGCUCAGCAUGGUGGAGUUCAGCUUCUACCUGGGUUUCCCGGCGCUGCAGAUUGCUGAACCAUUCCACUACCCAGAGCUGAACAUCUCUCACCAUCUACGCUCCACCUGGGUUCGCACAGUGCUACUGGGCGUGCAGGAACAGAUGGUUACCGAGAGGAGCUUCAAAGCCCGUGUGGAGAGACGGCUGGCGUUGCUGCUGGAGGAAGGGCUGGGGGAGGGGAUUAGACGGCGCUGGAAGAGAGCUACCGCAGUGGGCAACAACAGCAUACAGGUGGUGCGCGUGGCCCGGCUGUCUGGGCAGCAGCGCCCCCUGGAGGUGCUGUACUUCGUGGAGGGGCCUGGGGGAGAGAGGCUGCCUGCUGAUGUCACAGCUGCCACCCUUAACCGCCUCGACCUCCAGAGAGCUGCCAUCGUACUGGGCCACCGUGUCCAGAGACCCCUGGCCCAGCCUGUGGAGACCAUCACCAUGCCGCCCUCUGAGACCCAGAGCAGCAGUGUGUGGCUGAUCGUGGGGGUGGUUGUGCCUGUGCUGCUGGCCAUCUUUAUCAUCAUCAUCCUCUACUGGAAGCUUUGUGGCUCAGAGAAGCUUGAGUUCCAGCCUGACGCCAUAAACACCAUCCAGCAAAGACAAAAGCUACAGGCUCCCAGUGUAAAAGGCUUUGACUUUGCCAAGCUGCAUCUGGGCCAGCACAGUAAAGAUGACAUCAUGGUCAUCCAGGAGCCGGGAGCCCUCCCGGCACCCAUCAAAGAGGUCACGCCCUCUGAGGGUGGGGACUUGAACACGCCCAAAUCCAAGGGCUCCUCCACCAAGGCGGGCCGCCCCAGUCGUCGUAGAGGGAGGCUCUCGCCGUCAGAUGGAGAUUCGUUAGGCAGUGACCAAUCGAGUGGUAGGGAGUCGGCAGAGGAGAGUACAAGGCCUGUGGCCACACCCAGUGAGGCCAAACAGCACAGGAAGACACCCAAAAAUGGGAGGAACAAAAUGGUCCCCCCCUCUGGCAGCGGGCCAGAUGAGCUGCUCUCCUCCUCCUCCAUCUUUGACCACGUGGACCGUCUGUCUCGCGGUUCGUCCGACGGACACAAGCGCCAAGCCAACAAGGUCCAGCUCAUCGCCAUGCAGCCUCGGCCCAGCCCCCCGCAACACACACAGUCGCAAAGCCCCUCCCUCACAGAGCGAGUCAGCGCAGAGGUCGCCCUGAGGCACAAGUCUGAGAUUGAACACCACAGGAACAAGCUGCGUCAGCGGGCUAAGAGGCGGGGCCAGUGUGAGUUCCCUUCUAUGGACGACAUCCUGGAUGCCUUUGGGGACGGGGAGGAACAUGGAGGGCCGGUGCAGCGUCUCUACAGCUCCGCCCACGACCACAUGGACUGCAUCCUGCAGGCCGACUCCCCUUCGCCACCCACACCCUCCGACUCCAGGAGGAGGGGGAGGCGCUCUCCUCGAGGGCGAAGGAGCCAACGGGGGAACGGCAGUCUCCCUGACACAGACAGACUGACAGACAGAGAUGGUCUGCUGUCUGACCACACCGCCACCUACAGGAAAUACCCAGGACUUAACAAUGUGGCCUACAUGUCGGAUCCAGACCUCCCCCCAGACCACGGAAGCCCCUCCCCAAACGAUGAGGUGUUUGACUCCGCCCCCCCGCCUCCUCCCUACGUGCCGCCCCAGCCCUCCAUCGAGGAGGCGCGGCAGCAGAUGCACUCCCUAUUGGACGACGCAUUCGCCCUGGUGUCCCCCUCCUCCCAGGGCAGUGCCGGGGUCACAGGGGUCAGCCCUGCCCUGCCAAGCCCCUCCCCUCAGAACCGCUCGGCACGACAGUGGGGCUCGUCCUCCUACCCAGCGGUCCCCACUCACAGCCCCUUCUCUGCGAGAUAUGCUGAGUUAGGGAUGUCUCCAUCGUCAGUCCAAGGCCUGCUGCACAGCCAGGGCCUAGGCUCCGGGGGGUACAUUACUGCUGGAGAGCAACAACUGCCCCAGGAGUCUGUGUAUUCCAACAGGGGGCAGUAUGACGACCCGCCCUCCUCCUCCAGGCCACGUCCAGUAGGAGGCAGCACAGGAGCUCAGCUCCACCACCUGACACAGGUGGGUCUGUCGAGCCGGAUCAGUGCAUAUCCCGGGGUGGGCCGCAGCGUGUCUGGGCCCACGGGCUCCAGCUGGAACCAGCAACACUCAGACCAAGACCUCUCCAGACCGGGAGCCAGCAGCAGGGAGAGUGUGCUGUCGUUCCCUGAGUUCACUUCUUCCUCCGUGUUCCAGAUGCCCAGUUCGUCGUUGCGGGACCCCUCCGCUCCUCCACUGCACCUAGCCCCGCCCACCCCAGAGUACCCCCCUGAUGACGCCUCCCCCUCAGCCCAUAGCUCCGCCUCUCUCAUCAAGGCCAUCAGAGAGGAGCUCCGUAGACUGGCCCAGAAACAAGUGGUUGUCACCAGUUAUCCCUAAAUUGGUCUGGGUCAAUGGGAACCAGGACCUAUAAAACUGGUCGGAAUCACAGCAACACCCAAACUGUCAUGGUCAGUUUGACCAACAACAGGUCUGGACUGGUCUGAACCGCAAUGCCCAAUCUAGUCUGGACUCCAAUCUGAACAAAUCUUGAUUGUCUCUGAAACAGACACCAUUUCUCCUCUCUUAAGAUGCGGUACUUAACAGGGUUCUCUUCACUUUCAGCCACUGUUCUUCAUUGCACACCUCAGUCUUUCACUGAACAUGAGUUUGGUUUCUUCAGAAUCAUUCAAGUGCUUCCUGUGGAGGGGCAACCUCCCCUCCUGACCUCCCAUGGUGCUAAACGCCAGCCUCAUGUCUCCUGUCAUUAACCACGCAUUGCCUUCAGCACAUGGUCAUCAGCCCUGUUGGUGAGGUCUCCAUUCAUCAGCCAUAUUGGUAAGGUCAUGCACCGUCGAAAGAAUAUUUUGUCUUGGGCAUGGGGGACUUGAAUACAGUAUACAUACAGAGGAAAAAAAUAUAUAAGUAUAAAAUAUAUAUGAAAAGAUAUAUAAAUCCAAUGAGCACAAUAUAAAUGUGAAUUACUAAUGGAGUAUUGAAAUGUUACUUAUUUUCCUUGCCAUGAAAGUACACUUUAAAAACUUUAUUUUGAACAAAAAAAACUGACCAAAAUACUGUUUGGGCUUUAUAUGGUUGUAUUCUUCUAAUUGUGUUUGCGCUCGCGCUUGAUUUGGAGCUGGCAAUAUUGUUUCUCGCUGUGGGGACAAUGCUUAGCAUAGCUGCCUGCUCCUGUGUUUGUGUUAAUGUUAACGAAAAAGAGAAAUUAUAAUAUAUAUAUAAAUAUAUUGUCAUUUAGAGUUUAUCACUCUGACUCAUGUAAAAUGCUCUACGUUCUUUGGGGUCAACUAGUUUCAUCCACCACCAUUGUGUAGAGUCCACCAAUGAGAGCAGCGCUCCCUCCACAUGAAGCCUGUCAGAGGCAAGUUCUGUAGAAGGUCAGGUUGAAGAUUAAGAUUUCAAGAUGGUUGUCAGCCACUGAGUGUUCUGCUGUCAGGAAGAGCUUCAGAACCAAACAAGCUUUUUCAACCAGUGCAAAUACCUAUUAAUUUUGAAUUUUCUUUCUAAAUUGAACUUUGUGCAUGUUGUUGUAGCCAAGGUGUGGCAACUUCCAAAACCUUGCCUCACUUGACAAUUUGUGUUAUUCUGUGGGGAUUACACAGUUUUAUGCUGCUUUCUAUUCUCUUGAAUAGCUUCCUCUCCUCAUCCACUGAGAAGAAGAGACGAGGAAAAGAACUCAUUCAAACAAACAGGUUGUUGAUUCUAACAUGUGCUUUGUCUCCAUCUGCUGGCCACAUGGAUGGCUGCAUGGCUGGUUGUCAGUAUUGCUCAUUGGCUGUUUUCACUGUUGUGUUCUUGUAAUGGCUUAGGUCUGGUGGUGAGUAAUGUAUGGGUUUGCGGAGGAGAGAGAAGGUUUGCCCGUCCCUGCUCUUUGCUCUUUCUUCAGCAUGUUGUCUAAGUUUGAGGCUUUAGCUAAUAGUGAUGUGCCAGUCAAUGUUGUCUUCAGGCAUGCUGCAAAAACAUGUGUUUAUACAAAGUGAAGUGUCAUGACACACAGGUAAAGAGUGAGCAAAGAGUUAGUAGUGUAACAGUGCCGUUUAAACAUGAUUCAUCCAAGCACAUAUGAGUACAUUGUGAAUAUCAAGCAGUAGAAAAGUCAUAGCAUACAGUAGGCUAUAAGGGUCAUUGUUUCUCUUGUUUUUCAUUCCCAAAUGAUAUUUUUGAAUCUAAAUGAAAAUGGAUAUUAUAAUAUAUAAAUUUAAAAUUAAAGUGGAUCAUAUAAUGUAUUUAAAAAAACAUAAAUGACAAUUUUAUCUGUGUUUGAAAAAUGGAUGUUGGGUAAAAGAUUCCUCCGGGAGAGAGGCCAACACACUCCAAUCCUGAGCCAGAAGUCCUCAACUGAUGGGAUUAUUACCUUCCUGAUUGGACUUUGCACCUGUCAAUCAGACAGUAAACCUGGCCAGUGGAGUCACAGGUGGGACUGUGCAGAAUCACGUGGUGCUAUUGCUAGAAUGGAUCUCCUUUCCUUCUGUAUGAAGGAGGCAAUGGACUAUACAAUGGCUGUUCUGUAUUCAACAGCAUCUCACACCCAACAGACACUGGGGCUCACCUACAGGACAAGCACACACACACACACACACUGCCAUCCAUUGAAAAUACACACUCUCCAGAUAAACAGUAUUUCCUGUUUGAAGAAGACAGGGUUCGCGCAUCUCUUUUCAAACAUUGGGUUUGAAGCAGCUGCAGGCUUCAGCAUCUCCUGAAUGUUUCAUAGAUCUCUGUUUUCUAGAAAUGCGUUUCAUAGUUCUGUGUUUUUUAGAUCUGUGAGCCUCCCUGAGCAAUUGGGUUGUUCGGCCUCUCAUGCCCGUGCUGGUCUUAAACCAGGGUUUUCACAGAAAACGUGUGUGUGUUUUCUCCUGUGAUAUCACCUUCCUAUUAAUAUCCUGUUUCUCCAGAGGAUAAAUGUUAUUGUUCACUUCUGAGAGAGGGCCAGUAGGCCCCACCCAGGGCUGUUUACAAGAGCAGCCACACAGGUGUGUUAAUGACCCUCCCAUUGUCUGACAUAACCCUUCCUGACUACACCCUCCUGUUUCUAUCUCCCUGUCUUCCUCUUUCUUCCCCUUCCUUCCCCACCCUCUAUCGUGAGCUGCAUCCCUUUGGUAUGUAGAGUCUGGACGAUGUUUAACAAACAUUAAAGAAUUGUGU